AUGGUGUACGAGAACUGCACCAACCUUUUGGCAGGGGUAUACUACUGUGUCGAGGCCGUUGGUCAUGUCUCGGACUACCCCGGAUAUGGUGACUUAACCUCGCGCGGCGCUCCCAUCAACCCUAUUUGCGCUACGCCUCUGCCGCAGAAUGGUCCGCUCCUCGGAAAUCUGACCAAUGAAGAGCCCAUAAUUCCGCUUGCGAACGGCACUCGCAAAGAUUGCUACGGCUAUACUUACUUUACUAAUGUUACCGAUAUUCUUUGCCCCAGAUUGCUGGAGCCUAGCAAUGCUCGUGGGGAAUUUAUCUUUUGGAACCCUUCCCUAGCUCAAAGUGCGCAGCAAGGGAAAGCGGAUGAUCCUGAGACCUCACCAACAAUCGACGAACACGACUACACCUACCCAUGCACCCUUGCAGCGAAUACGUCGUAUUGCAUCGUCCUCUCUUCUCCAGUGCCCUCCACGGGCCCCUCACAGCUCCAACGUCCAGCACCACGAGCCGCUGGCGAGAUUGUCAAUUGCACUUCCUGGGCGCUAGUGCAUGACUUCGACACUUUUGCGAGCGCAAUGGGUCUCUACAACCUUGACAUUGAGACUUUCCAUAAAAUGAAACCGACUGUUCAAUCGGAUUGCGCUGGACUCGCUGCAGGAACGUUCUACUGCAUGUCAAUAUGGCCUGGUGGUGGUCUGGACCCCGCGCUUCUCGAGGACGAUGGCGAAGACUUCAACACAACAACGACCCUUGCGUCUUCAACAGCGUCGCAUCCUUCCACGCCAUCCCCCGUCCAGACGGGCAUCGUGAGCGGCUGCAACAAGUUCUACAAGGUCGCCCCGGGCGAUGGCUGCUACGAUAUUGCGCACGCUGUGGCCAUCGACCCAGACGACUUUUACUCAUGGAAUCCCGCCGUCCGGAACGACUGCACUGGCCUACAGGCCAAGGUCUACGUGUGCGUCGGCGCCGAUACCGCCACCCUAACGAUGCCAACAACCACCAUGAUGUCGGGCUUGAGCCCGGGCGCGCCGACACCCACCCAGGACGGCAUGGUCAACGACUGCGUCGGGUUCUAG